UGUGGGAAAGGAGCGUGCCAUCGGAGGCAGAUGAGGAAUCUCUUGUCUGUCUGUGUCCAUGUCUCCGCUGCCUUCCAGGCAACAUUCCCACCAAGACCGCCAACGUCCCGCCUGCUGUUACACCUCUGGAUUUAAAUCGGCUGGAUUACCGCUCCGACUCUCGCCUCGUUAUACGCCGCUACAUUUAAAUAUGAGGCAAAGUUGGACCUCCGUGGACUGCACAUACGGUGACAAACAGUUUGAUUUUUCUCGCGCUUUUAAGAGCUUCUUAGCAUCCAAAAUGUUCUCACUUUUCUUCAGUAAAAGUGUUUUUAUAUGUAAAACUAAUUAGGCUCCUUCUCUGUGGUGUUGUCAAGUCAAAGUAGUUUUUUUUGCUAUAUACAUUUUUUUUUAACUUGGCCAUUUUAAUGGGAAGAUGAGUGGGGAAGAGGGGUAGCAAUAUGUCUCCGUCUUCCCCUUUUUUAAAUUCAAACGUUGGAUUUUCAGUUAUUUUUAAAACUGAAAAUGUGACUGUGCCACUUUUGUGUGUGCUCUGAUAGUGUGAUAUUUUUGGGUUGACUUAACAUCAGACUGCAGGUGAAUUUACACAUCUUCCAGUUUUUCCCUCUCCAAGGGAACCCUUAAACUAAACUCUUGCCUGUUAACCCACUUAGACGGCCGAUCUCCCCUGUGGGGGCUUCUCUAAACCGUCUGUCCUACUCUAGUUUUUUUUGAGGAAAGCAAAAGCCGAACAAGCAAGAAGGGGGUACUGGGAAGGAAAACAAACCCCCCUCCCAAAGGUGAGAGGGGGGGAAGAUGGCAGCUCUCGCCAGCUCUCUCAUUAGACAGAAACGGGCUGUCAAGGAGGACCCAACCAACCGACCGGUAGUCAACAAGCGGAAGCCCUGUCCUAAGAGCAACAAGUCCCUGUGCCAGAAGCAGAUCCUGGUCUUGAUAUCCAAAGUACGACUAUGUGGGGGUCGAAAGAGCCGAAACGAGAAAAGACCAGAGCCAAAGCUGAAAGGCAUUGUUACUCGGCUAUACAGCCAACAUGGAUACUACCUGCAGAUGCAACCUGACGGGACGAUGGACAGCACGAGGGAUGAAAGCAGUGCGUUUUCACAGUUCAACUUAAUUCCGGUGGGACUGCGGAUUGUGGCAAUCCAGGGGGCAAAAACGGGAUUAUACCUGGCCAUGAAUAGUGAAGGAUACGUCUAUACCUCGGAGCACUUCACUCCUGAGUGCAAGUUCAAGGAGAGUGUGUUCGAGAACUACUACGUCACAUACUCCUCCAUGCUCUAUCGCCAAACCCAGUCUGGCCGCUCCUGGUAUAUCGGUAUCAACCGCGACGGACAGGUCAUGAAGGGCAACCGGGUGAAGAAGAACAAAGGAGCUGCACACUUCCUGCCAAAAGUUAUAGAGGUUGCGAUGUAUAAGGAGCCAUCGCUACACCAGCUUGCCCCUGAACCGGUGAGUCCUCCGCGGAAGACAGUGAAGACGUCAGAUUUGCCGUCCCUGAAGAAUGGACGGAAAGAAGCUCCCAAGGCUGAUGCUUCAUAGCACAGGAGACUGAGGGUGGGACAAAGGGCAGCAGUGACACUGGGAAUACAGCCGCCCAUUAUGCACUGAGGGUGGCUGGGGUAAUGGCCCCCAAGGGCCACCUUAUUCCAGAAGUGAGCUACGAGAUUCAGAAAGAUAACAGGUCAGCGGUCCAUCAGCAGCCGAGAACACCUGAGAGAGGAGUCCCCCCCUCACCUGUCACCGCAGAAAGGAAGCCAAGGGCCUGAGCCAGAACUACUACCACCUCCCCCUCCCACUGUUUGUCUCUUUCUCCACCCCAGUGACUUCCUAAUGCACAGUCUCCUUCAUUUCUCUGUCAUGCUCGGGCUUCUUUGUCCCACUGACAAUUCCAUCUUUUCUCACAUGCCAACCCUACUGUUCGGUCUAUUGUAGUAUAUUCACCACUCAUGCAUUCCCAGCGCUGACUUGGCACCAUAAUCCUCACCCAUGGGCCCCCUCUUGAGCCCUAAAGUUGGUGACAGUGCGGUUCAGCCUGGCUUUCCACCCACCAGCUGCCUACCAGCUAAGCUAAUCACCAAGGUCAACUAAAGCUCAAAGUGAGAUGAAACAGCUCACAGAGGAGAUAUAUCUGCAGGGAUCCUAGGUCGGGUCAGGUCGACCGAGCAACAUGAGGGUGUGAGAAAGUACAGAGAAAAAAACAGCUACAUUUAAAUAAGAGUUUAUGACAUUAAAACUGAUAACAUUUUUCUUGUUUUUGAAAACUUAAAGCAAUCCUGUGAUUAAAAAAAAUGAAUGAAUGACAGCCCAAACACAAAUAAUGACUUGGAUAGGAGCUGAAAGACGAUAGCAAUUAAAUGUAAGAUAAUAUAUAUAUAAAUAUAUAUAUAUAUAUAUAUAUAAAAGCAAUGCCAACAAAAAAGACACUGCUUGCAUCAGGGUCAUAUUAAAAAUAAAAAUAAUAACAGUCACAGUUCUUCCUGGGAAGAUGAGCCAUAUAAUAGAGCAUACAUAACUAGAGUUUUCCAGACUCUUAAACAAAUGAGCAAUAUUUGUACCAACAAUCCAGAAGAUACAUCUCAGUGAUGAAAAAAGAGCGAGUGUGUGAAUGAGUGAGAUGUGAACACUUAUUAUUGCACUAGCUUGUUUGAGGCUAAAAUGUAACAACUGGGUCAUGUUUUAAAUCCAUGGAAGACCUGAACUCAGUCACCUGGAAAAAAGCAGCCGUAGUGUGUACUUCACUCGGCAUCUGCUGUCAGCAUAAAGCCAGGUUUGAAGCCGAACAUCAAAGCCAGAGGAGCCUCAGAGCUGGAGCACUUGUUAUUCUGAGGACGUCUGGCAACUUAUCCACUCACUAGCUUUAUCAAAUCACCUUGGAAGAAUCGCCCUCGAAAAUGUAGUGAAUGUCUUGGUGUGAUUGUGUUUUAACCCCCCGUGUGUGGACGUCUUCUACACCAUGGAUGCACUGUGUGUAAAUGAGCGCCAGUACAGAGGAUGUAGUUAGAGAUACUGUGGGUAACCUUAACCAUGUCCUUCAGACGUGGCACAGCAUUGUGUCUUUGAUUUGUCUGGUCUUUGAAUAGGUGACACUUACGGUAAUAUCCAGCUUGCCUGCCAUUAUCACUUACAUUUGAGAGUUAAAUAAAAAAGAAUAAAAAUAGCAGGAAAGUGGGAUCUUUGGUCACCCCAAUAGCGAACCCACAAAAGGCACCUCAUUCAUUUAAGAUUUCAACAAGGUGCAAUCAACUAGUGUUUUGUUUUUCUCUUUCAUUUAUAUAGAAUAUUUUAAAAUAUACGAUGAGCUGAUUCGAUCAGUCAGGGUGUUGGUUGUAGUUGGAAUUGUUGCCUGCUCUGGCAUGCAGUUCUCAUAUACAGUUUCUAGCUAUACCUACGGAAGUAACGUUACUUAAGUCAGAAGUUGUGACAAAUAAGCCAAUGUUUGGUUUUCAAAAAACUGCGCAAGUGCUGUUACCUAUUUGUCACGUUACUUCCAUACUAACGUAACGCCAAGUCUAUGGUUAUUGUGACCUAAUUCCCAAUCUUUUCCCCAACCUAACCAAUACCUUUGUUGCCCAAACAUAACCGGAGUGUUUUCUGUGAAGACCAAUGUUUAUUUUGAAGACUGUAUGCAUGUGAUGAGCAAAUUUGGACAUAUGUCGUGGGAGAUUCUUUGAAGAAUACACAUGUAAUCAGAAAUAACCUUUCGUAAAAUAACAUAUGAACCAGUGUAUGAGGAUAGGAUGGCUCUGGUAACUGACAUCACAAUGAUUAGUCAAAGUCAAUCAUCCUGGAUACUACCAACAAACAUAGACAAGAAUACGUUGCAAGAGAAACGCUGGGAGAUGUGGAAGGCAAGAAAAGAAAAAAAGCUCAUUAUAUGGUCGCUAACAAUCACAGAUAAUCUCUAGGAGGUUCAAAGCAUCGGGAUGGGUUCUAAUUUGAAUGGUAACGAAAUGAGAAGAGCGGGUACAGAAUGUGAAACGGAAGCUUUCCGAAUGUGCUGCAUUGAGGGCUACAGCAAGUCUGAAAUAGUGUGUUGAAUUGUAAAGAGGUCAAUGCACGGAGGCAGUUAUUUAGAAAGAUUAGCAGGUGUAUUCUUGAGGAAUGUUGAUAAGGAAUUUCUGCAGUAAAGUGAGCAAGGUUCUUGGCAGGGUUUGGUGCGGCAUGUGGAUAUGAUAAUGAAUGUAAAACAAAGAGGCACGUAAGGCACUGUGCGCUAUUUAUGAGAGGGGGUCUAUGGAGGAAAUUAGUUGGAGAGCUUUGCAUUUUUUUCAGUCAGUUUGUCAUUUUCUAGGCUUUUCAAGGGGGAAUAUGGUUUAGUACAAGUUUGGAUAUUUUGUCCUUGUAGCAGAUGUUGUAUUAUAGACCUACACAUCUGUAUUGUUGACAGCAUCUCCGGUGAAUUUGGUCCAGCAUAGAAUGGCUUCCAACUGUGCAUUACUAACUAACUGUUUGAUAUCAAAGUGUGUGCACAGCAGGUAGCAUACUAUGCUAUAUAGGCUUAUAGUUUUCCAUUUUUCAUCUGGGAGCUUCUUCAUGCCAGUUUACAUUUACAAGUUGGGGAUAAGUUGGUUCUAUAAAAGGAAAGUAUUAGCAGUGACAGCAAGGGAAUUUGGCAUGGCAAAAUGAGACAUAUUGGCCAUUAUUUUUCUCUUAGCCUAUACAAAAUGCCUGCAAAUCACUCUUAUUAUCAAUUCAUCCACUGGAAAUGUUCUUGAUUAAUUGUUUUGUCUAUGAAAUGCACCAAAUUAAAGUUGUCCAACUAAGAGUACAAAGCACAUGAAUAUACAGUUUUAAAGAAAAAGUAGAAAAUAAUGACAUUCCUAAGUCUCUACUUCACAGUUAAGCAGAAAGAAAGUAAGUUAACGUACAGGCUUAACAUGAUUUAAAUGUCACUUUAUAUUGUGUAAAACAUUAGAGACUCUCUUAAUCCUCCAUAGAUUUCCUUUCUUACCAAAUGCAACCAGUCCUUACAAUCGUAAUAGCAAAGGAUGCCAGAGUAAGUUGUCCGACGGUGAUACUGCAGGUAGACAGACAGGAACAGAAUGUUAACAAGUCCGAUGUUGAAUGUUAAGUGAAGAACGAAGAAGAAUGUAAGACAGGAAGGACUAAAGAGAGACCAGUAGGUUUUUACAAUGAAUGUGAAGUUAAGGAUGUCGCAAAGUUCAGAGACAAGUAAGUGCAAUGUAGAAAGUAGGAUUUUGGGAGCAACACUAGUUCUGCAAGAUCUGCUCUUGAACGUUAAAGUCAUGGUAGAAAAUGGUCAUGUUGAUGGAAAGCUAGCAAUAGAGAAGCAAAGUGAUAUGAGUUAUUGUACUGUAUGUUGAUGAAAGUCGGAAUGUGUUAUGUGAAUAUAUUUAUCUUCAAAAUCCAACAGAGGUGGUAAAACAGAAAAAUAAAAAUACAGAUAUAGCCUAGUUUGUGUGCCCACGCAUGAGAGAUUUAAAGUCCUAAUCCCUUUCCUACACACCUCUUUUUAACCACAGCCUACAGUAUCUGCGGCCCAUUAACUUUCUUUUCAACACUGUGUUGCCUGUGUAGGUGUAUACUUACAGUGUGUUUAUAAAGUCUGUGUGUCUAUGUGUGUGUGUGCAUCUGGGAAUAAGUGUCAAAUGAGACAAGACGGAGAGGCAAGGAGAAAAAGAAAGGGCAUGAGAUUCAAACAAUGAUCGAUAGACUCAAUAAACCACAGCCACCCUGCGAUGGGUUUGAAAAAAUGUCCCCAAGGUCUUCCAGAUACAGCUAAAUCCAUUAGUUCAUAAUGAACUCAGAGGGCUGUUUGAUUACUGCCUGUAAACUCGACAAAGAAGCCCGUUGGACGACAACAGAAAUGUUUUUUACACUAGGCCUGACAAACUGUUUCCUGAGCAUCAGCAGACACUCACUAUCCUUUGAGACACACAUCUGCUAAAGGCAGUACCGGUAUAUAUUGACAUAAAUACAAAAAUGAUGUCCCUAAACUUCCAAAAGGCAAUGGAGAACUGGAGGAACAUUGAAGCAUUUAAAUGUUGACACACUGUCUUUGGAUGUUCUGAAUAGAAUACAACAAACAAGGAGCCCCACUUAUUUAUAACAUGUAGUUGGAAUAAAGGCAAUAAUUGAUAUUAAACUGCAGCCAAUCUUUAGCAAUGCAGUAGAGAUUAAAUAUUUGUAUUAUACCGUACAACAACUACCAACAUCCAGGAAAACAUUCCGUCCAUAAUCCUAGGUGACAUUUGAUUUGAACAGUAUUAUAAACCCCAAACAAGGGAUUUGAAAUCACAUUAAAUGCAGUAUAAUAACGUUUUACGGGAGCAUAAAAUCAUGUGUACAACAUUCAGGAUUUUUAAAUGUUCUCUUUAACAAAAGAGGGGAAAAAAGAAAUGUUAAAUUAAAUUGAUAUGGUCCUUCGGUAAUUACCCAAACAAUCCUCAGAAAAAUCGAAUUUAUAAAACAGGCAGUGCAAUUAACUGAAGCUCAUCACUGUCCAAGUUCACUCCAAUGUUAUAUUUGCAUAUGGUAUGAUUACAGUUAUUUGCAGUUGGUACAUCUGUUCUAUCCAAUAUGCAGACUGAAGUGUGUCCGAUGCAGUUUGUCAAUCUUUAGGGGAAAUCUGUGUACAAAUGGCUCCCUCUAAUGGAGGCAGUUGGAUGUAAAGAUAACACUGGUAUUGAGGGGCACAAAGAAACACUGCUGGUUUGUAGGCCAAAUUUCAAAACAUCAAAGCAAUUACAAUUUAUGAAGAGGCUCCGUUUUUAAUAUCAUGCUUUAAUGUGUAAACACACGCAUAAUGGAUUCCUAAUGUGGUUAUGAUGCCUUGUUAGGCUUAUGUGCAAACUUCCAAAUACAGCUCCUUACACUUUAUAGACUCUUCUAUUGAAUCUUUUAUUUUAUAUCAAAAUGUCAAAGGUAUCGAGGAUAUUGAUGGCACCAAAAGUAUUUGAUACUAAUGAAUUUAAUACAGUAAAUAAGUAACAAUACAUUUGUUUAAAAAGAAAACCCCAAGUAACCAUGGAUGUCAUUUGGACAUCAUUUGUAGCGACUGAGUUCCCAUCAAAAAUAAAGAUAAAUCGGUUGUUAAAUUAAAGUACAAAAUAGAAGUAUGUCAUAUUGCUAACCGUUCAAGUUAAAUAUUGAAAGAAUGAAAAAUGGACCAAGUUGAUGCUUGGAUUUGAAAAUUGUUAUUAAAUAAAUAUUAAAAGUAAUUAAAAAAAAUUGAAAUGAUAGAGUAUUGAUCCUGCUGCAGCAUAAUAUUAAUCUUUUUUAAGGAAUGCUAAAAAUGUGAAGGAUGUCAAAUAUUCCCAUUGAUCUCUAUACAAUUUGAAGCAGGCAUCCAGACAACGAAACAUGUCGGGGAGACCUAAAUGUAUGGUUGCUGCCAGUUUACAUGUAUCUUAUUUCAAUAAUACAAAUAGUGUAUAUCUGAUAUGUCAAGUAUUUUAUUUUCACAAAAAAAUAAUCAAUGUUAAUGAUUUGUUUUAUUGUCUUUCAGUUUUACCUUGUCAUGUUUUUAACUCCUCAAAAAAAGGAGGGAUUGUUGUUGCUGUCCAAAUGUUCCUCCUCUAUUUGGUGUGUUUUUGUGUUUGGUCGGCAUUGUUGUAUCCACACUGCUGUGACCCCCGAGUGGACUUAACCCAAACUGAAUCCCAACUGUGCGACUGUGGGCUUUACGUUAAAAAUGCAAUGUGUACACAGAAGGUUAAGCCAACACGUGUCCUGUCACACACAGCCGCAAUGACCUUGGUGGGCUCGGAGUAACGGUCACGCAAGUCUUCCAGGAAGUUCCCACAACCUCCCUCUCUCUACUGUUAAGGACUCUUGGUUUAACUCCAAUCUUCUUGUCUUCCGGAGAAAAAAAAAUGACAAUGAAUAAAAAUAUCUAUAUAAAAAGAACAACAAAAAAAAGCCAUAAAUAAAAAAUGGGCCACAGAGAGAAGGUCUGAAUCCUCAGGCAGCUCCCGAGUGUCACCAGGGAUAAAGACACACGUUGGACUCCUUACAGUAAGAGCCAAAGCGAGCAGCAGGAAUAUACUGGCUUUUUUUUUACCAUUUCAAGACGCAGACAACAGGAAUGAAGACCAGCAAUAUGCAAUGAGAACUACCAGCCUGCACUCAAGGAAGGGAAACAAUGUCCACAGGCUACAACAAACUACAAUCAGGAUUUGCGAGCUCCAAAGGUGUUCAGUGGUCUGCAAUAAUAACUGCUAAUUGUCUAGACUGACAUGGGAAUCGUUUUUUGCAAAGCAUGCAUUCUUCACUGUUCUUCUGCUCCUUAGGGAUGACUCCCUCUCAGUAUCUACAGACACAAGCCCAUUCACCCUCUCUUCAUGUUUGCCAUCAGACCUGUGUACAUUUCUACAAUAACUCCUACAUGAAUUGAAAGGAGAUGUCUUACCAUGGAAUAUUAUUCAAUAAAAUAACAUAUAUUUGUAUGAUUGUAAGCAGU